UUGUUCAAUAGAAUUUUCUCCUUUCUCUCUCCUUCCUUUUAUAAAUUGGUUACAGAGCUAUCACUGUAAGUCUGUAACUGAACUCAAUCACAACCCCAAAAUUCCAACCCCCACAAAAUAAAAAUAAAAAAAACAAAUGAAAACAGAAAAUCCAGCUGAUGACAAUCUUAUUAAUAUCAGUAAUAAUAAUAAUAGAAUCCAGCAAGAAGAUCAGGAGGCUGCUGAGGAAGUAAGGAGAGGUCCAUGGACACUUGAAGAAGACAAUUUGUUGAUCCAUUAUGUUGCAUGUCAUGGAGAAGGUCGUUGGAAUUUCUUGGCAAAAUCUGCGGGAUUGAAAAGAAAUGGGAAAAGUUGCAGAUUAAGAUGGCUUAAUUACUUAAAACCUGAUAUUAAGCGCGGCAAUCUCAGUCCACAAGAACAACUUUUGAUCCUUGAACUUCAUUCUAAAUGGGGUAACAGAUGGUCAAAAAUAGCAGCACAUCUACCAGGAAGAACAGAUAAUGAGAUCAAGAACUAUUGGCGGACGAGGGUGCAAAAACAGGCUAGACAGCUUAAUAUGGAGGCCAAUAGCCAAAGUUUCAUAGAUGCAAUAAGGUGUUUUUACAUGCCUAGAUUGGUUCAGAAAAUCGAGCAGAACUCGAUUGAUCAUCAUACAACAGCUAUGAACACCGAUCAAGUAUCACAUAUUAUACCAUCAUCAAAUAAAGAUACUUCAUGCUCAAACACCAGCCUAGAAUUCCAAGACCAACUCACUAAUAGCAAAGACGGCUCCUCUAUUGUACUAGAUGAUAUUAACUCUGUGAAUAGCUGUAACUAUGACAUGGACCUGGGUUCUAUGUCAGCAUCCGAUAUGCUGUUCUCCGGCUGCCACGUGGAGGGAAAUGACUGGCUAGCAAACGAUAUGGCAGAGGAUGGCAUGUGGGUUUUGGAUGAGUUGUGGCAGUUUAGGAAGUAGGAAAUACAAAUAGUUGGGCAUCUAAACAUGACAGAAUGGGCCCUGCAGCUUCAAAAAUGAAACUUCAAAGGCUUUUGAUAAGAAUCUACAAUGUACUAAUGUACCUUAGCUUGUUACUUGUUAGUAGUUACUGGUUACAACUUACAA